GAAGAAGAAGAAGAAGAAGAAGAAAAAGAAAAAGAAGAAAAAAAAUGCCUGGACACCACGCUCUCGUGUUUGGCGCCAGCGGUAUCACUGGCUGGUCUAUCGUGGACCAGAUCUUGAAGGGAUAUCCAGAUGCGAACACCUUCGACAAAGUCACGGCGUUGACCAACAGGCCUCUGAGCAAAGAGGACACGCUAUGGCCGGAGAGCGACAAGCUCCAGCUCGUCAGUGGCAUUGACUUGAACACCGACACGCAGGAGGCGCUGGACGCGGAGAUGAAGAGCAAGAUCAAGGACAUCGACACCGUCACGGAGGUGUACUUCUUCGCGUACAUCAUGGACCCAGAUCCUGCAAAGGAGAUUGCCAUCAACAUCAAGCUGCUCGAGCGAGCCGUAGUGGCGGUGGAGAACCUGUCCAAGAAGCUCAACUUCGUCGUGCUGCCCACCGGCACGAAGAGGUACGGCGUGCACCUCAUCGACGAGUUCCCGUUCAAGAACGACCUGCCAUGCAAGGAAUCUCUGCCGCGCAUCCCGGAGCCGUACGCGUCCCAGAUGUUCUACUACAACCAGAUUGACACGCUUAUUUCCCUCAGCAAGGGGAAGAGCUGGACCUGGUGCGAGAUCAUCCCCGACGUCAUCGUCGGCUUCGUGCCGAACAACAACAUCUACUGCCUGGCCCAGCACCUGGCCCUGUACCUUUCGCUGUACCGGCACCUCAACGGCGAGGGCGCCGAGGUGCCCUUCCCCGGCACGCCGCAGUCCUACAAGAUCCUUCACAACGACAGCUUCCAGGACGAGAUUGCAAAGUUCUCCAUCUACGCCUCCCUGAACGGCCUCGGCAACGGCGAGGGCUACAACACGUCCGGAAGUGCCACGCCACACUCGUGGAGCCAGAAGUGGCCCGUCAUCUGCGCGUACUUUGGCCUCAAGGGCGUCGACCCCCCCGCCGACGGCAGCGCUCCGCAGCCGUACAACUACGUGAUCGACCACAAGGACGAGUGGGAGAAGAUCGUCAAGGAGAAAGGCCUCAAGGGCGGACGCGUCGGAAACGACCGCAGCUUCGGCGGCUUCCCCUACUUCAUCAUGACCAUGUUCAACUUCGACCGUCACGUCGACAUGUCCAAGACGCUGAAGGCGUGGGGCGACAAGGCGGAGGAGUUCGACAUCAAGCAGUCUUGGUAUACCGUCUUCGACCGGUUCAGGCAGGCGAAGAUCAUCCCGUGAAAGGAGAAAAAAAGUGUGUGUGUUUGUGUGAAAGAGAGAGAGAGAGAGAGAGAGAGACGAAAGUAAAGAAACGAAGGGCCGGUCUAGGAUAUUCUUUUUUUUAUUCGGGCACGUGUAGAUACCACUUGCAUUUCCGAGUCGUCCGGAUCAUUCUUCUUCCUUUUCGACCUUCCUUUUGCCCCCUCUUUAUUUUUCUUUUCUUUUUCUUUCUUUCCUCUUUACAGAAGCGCGGAUGGGUUUUGAUCCAGCUACGGUC